AUGACUGUUGAACAAUAUGCCCAGAAAUUUAUGGAGCUCAAUCGAUUUGCUACUCACCUCAUUGCCAUAGAAGAGAUGCAGGCCGAGCAUUUCCAAGAGGGUCUGCGACAUGAUAUACGCAAACUGGCUCCCCUCCUGGUCAGAAGAGACGGAGUUUUGCUGGUGAAGGGAGUAGCUCCAGGUCAGAAGAGGCGGAGUUUUGCUGGUGAAGGGAGUGGGCUCCCCUUUGGCGUGCGUAUGGGAUGCCGAGUACCAGUUUGCGGUAGGUGCAAUAGAGCCCAUGAGGGCGAGUGCCUGCAGAGUGGUGGGACCCAAUGUUACUGUUGUGUCCAAGAGGGGCAUUUUGCUCGUGAGUGCCCUAUUCAGAGGCAAGUGGUGCAAGCCCGAGUUUAUGCUGUUACUCCUGGAGAAGUUGAUGAUGAGGCACCAGAGACGCAAGAUGGUGGAGUGAUUACAGGAAGAGUUCAUUUGUAUGAUUUUUAUGCCUAUACUUUGUUUGUUUUGGGUGCGUCUCAGUCAUUCGUGUCUGCUACUUUCUCACCGAUGUGCAAUCUAGUCACAGAGCCAUUAUCACAAUCUUUGGUAGUGACUCUCCCUAACGGUGACAUUGUGUGGUGUUCUAAAGUCACAUUGGGCUAUCCUUUUGAUUUUGGUGGAAGGACACUUGAUGCAGAUUUGGUUGUGUUCAAAUUGUUGAGUCGAGUAAUUAGCUUUCAACUCUUGGAAGGAGAUUAUUUGGAAUUUGUGGGAAGUAAGUUGAAGGAAAGGUCAGUAGUUAUAUCUGCAAUUCAAGUGAAGAGAGAUAUAGCUUGUGGAGCGGACGCCUUUUUGGUCCAAGUCCUAUCUACGCCAUCUGAGAAGAAGUCUCUAGUGGAUAUCCCAAUUAUGGAAGAAUUUUUUAAUGUGUUCGUGGAUGAUUUACUUGGGUUACCUCCAGUUCGCGAGUUGGAGUUCGCCAUCGAUUUGGAUCCUGGGGCGUUUCCUAUGCACAAGGCUCCUUACCAUAUGGCACCGGCUGAAUUGAAAUAG